AUGGUGUUUCAGUGCCUGGGCCAUGUGAGCGGCGCGCACGUAAACCCAGCAGUAACGGUGGGCCUGUUGUCAGCCGGCCACGUUUUCCUCCUGAGGGCCGUGAUGUACAUAGCGGCCCAGUGUGCUGGCGCAAUUGCUGCUGCUGUUGUCCUCAAGGCGCUGACACCAGAGGAGUCUGAGUCGACAUUAGGUGUGACGGCAGUCAGCCCACAUUUGACGCUGACGCAGGCGGUCUUCGUGGAGGCUUUCAUAACAUUCUUCUUGGUGAUGACGGUGUUUGGCGCCAGGUCUGCCAGAGGCAGUGCUGGAUUUGCCAUUGGCGUAUCCAUCACGACAUGCCACCUGUUCGCGAUGCAGUACACAGGUGCUAGCAUGAAUCCGGCUCGCUCACUUGGGCCUGCAAUGGUGACCGGUGUGUGGCACAAUCACUGGGUGUACUGGAUGGGACCACUCGCAGGAGGCAUUGCAGCUGGCGCCAUGUCCAGUUGUCUCUUCAGACCAAGCGUCCCUAAAGCACCAGUCAGACCAACUCAAGACUCUGAACACAGGGACAACCCUACAAAGGAAAUGGAAGAGCUUACAGGCCAGUUACACCAGAAAGUAAUUAAGACAAAAGACCGAAAAAAGGUGCGGACGUCGUCCAUCGUGGUGGGCUGUAUGGGCUCCUCAUCUGCAGUAACUGGUGUGGGCGCCAACUUGCUCGAGGACUUGCAGAAGUCGUCGUCCAUCUUAGGUGGUGGUGAGCGCAUUAAAAUCACCAACGAGGAACAGCUUUCCUGGAAAUUACAACAGGGCCCUCGCAUCUUCAACGUCGAGGUGUGGAUUGCCCGCAAAAGUGACAGUGCCUACCAAUGUCUCGACGGCCACAGGUGUUGCUUCAGUGGGUCAAUUGUCACGAUAACAAUGAUAGUUUGCAAUAUUGGCUAG